AAAUAAUCCCCCAGACGAUUCAUAUAAGACACAGACACACCCCUUAACUUUCCCUCUCCUCUUCCGUCCUGCCGUCUUCACACAACAUUUUAGAGGUUAUCUCCUCCUAAUACAGUCUUCUCCUGUCUCUUGUUUGCGUCCUUUCCCUGUCGCAGUGUAGAAUAUUAGAACAACCACGAGGUGCAAAACUUCCCCAUCGAUUUCCACCGUUUCCUGCAACCCGCAGCAGCCACGCCAACGUCAGCCCGUCACCGACCUUCGCUUUGUACCAACAACGACGAACCCCCUUCGCCUAGGCCGACACCAUUUUUUUCUGCCGUCCCAGGCUAGAUCCACACCUCGAGCUGCAUCGUCCCCACCUGCCGCCUCCUGCAGAACGUUCCUGACAGCGCAGCAAUCGACCCGACCGCCAUUCGAAGAUAGCGCCAGCCGAGUCAACGCACUCGACCGCAACGAUCGACUUCCGAACCCUCGUCGACCGUGCAGCAGCAGCAGCAGCAGCAGAAACUUGUCAGAGAGGCUGUGAAAGACCAAAGACGGUCUCACCCGCGUUUUCCGGCGCUGCCUAGAGCCUUCAGCUGCCCUGGGGUCCCUGACACUCAUCGUCGAACUCCGUACCUUGCCGCGAAGCAAUCCUCCGACAGGGAGUCCAGAAACGGAGGAGAUAGACCUGAGAGGGUCUGACAACACAACAACCCAAGACUUUUUUUUAUUUGGUCCCCUCCGCUCUCCGCGUGCUGCAGCAACACCGCCUCGCGCAACCCCUUGCUACCAAUCCUAGCGGCCCUUGACUGCUCAAAGAGGGAAAAAAGCAAACCCUUAUUUUUUUUCUUUUGGCUUCUUCCCUGCCCCAGAGACGCCCCGUUCUCUCCCGCAGUUCACCACCACAAUGGCCGCCUCGAGCACACAAUACGCCACGCCCAUGGGUCGUGGCGCAUACGACACCACGGGUGUGCCCAAGCCCCCCCCGCCGAAGCCCAGUGUGUCGGCGAUCAACACGGCGGCCCUGCCUGACCACGGUGGACCCUCCCCUUCCUGCCAUUCUCCAACAUCGACACUGGCCUACUUCGCCCUUCUGCAACAGGGCUCACCACCUUUUGACCACCAAGUCAAUCAUUAA